AUGGACACUACAUCAGCGGCAUACAAGCGCAACAUCAGCUGCGUCGAGAACACUUCACUGCAUUCACUUUCGACAAUGCAAGCCGAGCGCAUACGCAUCGCGGCCGAGAUGAAUCUCCGGAAAGAAGCACACAGCAGGAGCCCGAGCCUACGAAGAAAGCUUCUGCACAUCCGGGUGUUGAGCUCGCUGGAGGAAAUGUGCCUCGAAGAUGAGCCGGCCAGUCCUCCGCCGACCUACCAUGACGCCGUGGAGUCCUUCGAUGAACCUGAACAAAUCGAUGACACCUCUGACGCAUGCGACUUGGGGGUAGACGGCGAGACAGGUUCGGAAUCCGAUGAAGACGAUGAACCAAGCGAUCAUGAAUGGUCCAGCGACGAAGACCCUCUAUCAGGCGACGAGAGUGAAGAUGAGGACGAGGAUGAGGGCAAGGAUGGCCACGCACUCAUCAGAAUUAUAUCGCACCCAUCCGAUGCCGAUGGAUUGGAUGCUCAACAUUGGGCUCAGCUGGUUUCGGAGGCAACUGCCAAGCAAGGGAACGAUUCUCCAGUGAUAGCCAGCGUCGUUGAGGUUAAAGAUGAUGAUGAUUGA